AUGAAUUCCAUUAAGUUUCCCGUACUUGAUCGAACAACAAAAAACUCAGUUAUUUCAACUACGUUAAAUGAUCUUUCAAAUUGGUCAAGACUUUCCAGCCUAUGGCCGCUUCUUUAUGGUACCAGUUGUUGUUUUAUUGAAUUUGCCUCAUUAAUAGGCUCCCGAUUUGACUUUGAUCGUUAUGGGCUAGUACCAAGAUCAAGUCCUAGACAGGCGGACCUUAUUUUAACAGCAGGUACAGUAACAAUGAAAAUGGCUCCUUCUUUAGUGAGAUUAUAUGAACAAAUGCCUGAACCAAAGUAUGUUAUUGCUAUGGGAGCGUGUACAAUUACAGGGGGGAUGUUCAGUACCGAUUCUUAUAGUACUGUUCGAGGGGUUGAUAAGCUAAUUCCUGUAGAUGUCUAUUUGCCGGGUUGUCCACCUAAACCAGAGGCUGUUAUAGACGCUAUAACAAAGCUUCGUAAGAAAAUAGCUAGAGAAAUCUAUAAGGAUCGAAUUAGACCUCAACGGGGUAAUCGGUGUUUUACUACCAAUCACAAGUUUUUUGUUGUACGCAGUACACAGACUGGAAAUUAUGAUCAAGAAUUACUCUAUCCACCAUCAUCUACUUCAGAGAUCUCUACUGAAACAUUUUUUAAAUACAAAAGCCCAGUAUCUUCCCACGAAUUAGUGAAUUAGGGAGGAUUUGAGA